AUGGAAGCCAGUAUAUUCUCACCAAGUCUUAUCAAGGGCUUGACCGACAAAAUAUAUGAUAGACGAAAAGCUGCUGCCUUAGAAAUCGAAAGACUUGUUCGCGAAAACGAAGAUUCGAAAGAGCGGAUCACUCAAAUAGUUGACGCUUUAGUUCAAGAGUUUGUCUAUUCAAAUAAUCCCUAUGCACGCUAUGGUGGUUUAAUUGGUUUAGCAGCAACUUCGAUUGCUCUUGGACAAGGCGUUUCACAAUACUUGGAUAAUAUUGUCCCGCCCAUUCUUUCAUGCUUCAGUAAUCAAGAUCAAAAAGUGCGAUACUAUGCUUGUGAGAUAUCUUUGAUGCUCUGUGUAAAUGAGCCUUAUAAUUCAGUAGAAGCAGGAGGAGAAGAACUUCCAACACCUUCUUCAUUACCUCGAAACACAGCAUUUUCUUUGCCUCGAUUUAUCCCUCUUCUCAGUCAACGUAUUUAUGUGCGAAAUUCAGCUGCUAGACAAUUCUUGGUCUCUUGGAUGUGUGUCUUGGAUUCCAUUCCUGAUCUUGAAUUGAUUUCCUUUUUACCAGAGUUUUUGGAUGGUUUGAUUCGAUGCUUAAACGAUGUGAGCGAAGAUGUACGUGUGGCUACAAAUGGAUUACUGCAUGAUUUUUUGAAUGAAAUCAAAGAAGCUGCUGCUGCACGAUCAUUGCAACUUCAACGACAAUCUGAACAGAAGAAAACUCAAAUAGGAUUACCAAUUAAAGAGCAAGAGGAUACAAAAGAUGAAGAGCAGGAAGAAGAUAAACAAGUAGAACAAGAAAACGAAUCAACUUCUAUAGAUUCUGAAAACGACGGUCAUGGUAAAGGCACUUAUGUGCCUGGCCAAGGCGUUAUUGUUCAAUAUGGUCGUAUUGUUGACAUUUUGGUACCUCAUCUAUCCUCUUCUGAAGAAGAAAUCCAAAAGACUGCUUUGUUAUGGAUCAAUGCGUUUAUUGAGAUAGCUAAAGAUGUUGUGAUCAAAUCUACACCUGAAAUUAUCAAAGCAGUCUUGCCUACACUAGCACAUCCAGUCUCAGGUAUUCGUGUGAUUGCACUCGAAACCAACCAGAGUCUUCAGAAACUUGUGCUGGAGACACCCAUUCAUACACCUGAACCAACAACCAGCAGGAGCGAUCCAUCAGGUGGCGUUCAACUACAGCAGAAAAAGACAAAAUCCAUGAUGAUGAACCAAAUCGAUAACAGUACAGAUCCCUUUGAUUAUCAAGCAACUGUAGCCAAUCUUCGACUUCAGUUCCUGAACCAGCACGAAGAGACUCGUGUUGCCAGUCUGGAUUGGCUGUUGAUGCUUCAUAAAAAAGCACCUAACAAGAUCUUGGCUUCAGAUGAUGGCACUUUUCCUGCCUUACUCAAGACAUUGUCUGAUUCAUCUGAAGAAGUAGUUCGACGUGAUUUGCAGCUAUUAGCACAGAUUUCAUCUCAUUCUGAUCAUGAAUACUUUCGAAGUUUUAUCAUGUCUCUAUUGUCUUUGUUUAGUACAGAUCGACGUUUGUUGGAGACGCGUGGUAGUCUGAUUAUUCGCCAAUUGUGUAUGAGUCUUGAUCCAGAGCGUAUUUAUUGUGCAAUUGCAGACAUACUCGAACAAGAUGAAGACCUGGAAUUUGCUAGCAUCAUGAUUCAAAAUCUGAAUAUCAUCUUGAUUACUUCUUCAGAAUUAUCAGAUUUGAGAAAACGGUUAAGAAACUUGGAAUUGAAAGACAAUCAACGGUUGUUUAAUACACUUUAUCGGUCCUGGUGUCAUAAUGCGGUCGCUGCAUUUUCACUUUGUCUAUUGUCUCAAGUGUAUGAGCAUGCAGCCAAUAUGCUUCAAAUAUUUGCCGAAUUAGAAAUUACAGUGAAUAUGCUUAUUCAAAUAGACAAGCUUGUUCAAUUGCUUGAAUCGCCUGUAUUUACAUAUCUUCGUCUUCAAUUACUUGAACCUGAAAAAUACCCGUACUUAUUCAAAUGUCUUUAUGGUAUUUUGAUGCUAUUGCCUCAAUCUUCUGCAUUUUCAACUCUUAGAAAUCGAUUGAACAGUGUAUCUUCACUUGGAUUUUUACAUGUCUUACCCAAAAGUCCUGUCACUUCUUUAGCUACAACAUCAACUGAUAGAAAACAACUCAACAAGACUAAAGUGGAAGAAAUCAGUACAAUCAAAUAUCAAGAACUUUUAACCCAUUUCAAAUCGGUUCAAUCCAGACACGAGAAACAAAGAAAGCAAGUGUUACAAAACACGUCUCGUACAUCUAGCAAUAACAGCAAUACAUCACGAACAAGAAGGCCUAGGUUGAUGUAUGGUGGAGAAGGUUCACCUAAUCAAAUGCUCAAUAACGAAAACAGUAAGGGAUUAGGUGUAAGUUCACUUGGUAAUAAUGCCAUGGUUGGUGGUGGUGGCAUUCGAAGUGGUAUGGCAAGUUUAGGUCUUACUCCUUCAACACACCAUUCAAACAUUUCCAACAACAGUCAUGAUAGUUUAGCCAGCAAUAAUGCAGGUACAAGUCAUCAUGGUUCAAGCAGUAGCCAUGCGGCAUCCAGUGUAACUCAAGGAAGUACAGGAAAUACAACAAGCACAUCUCAAACGGGUAAUUCAGGUCGAUUAACAGCAGGAGCAAGAAGGAGUCGAAGAGUUUAG